ACGUCACUCUGAGAAGUGCUGGAAGAAUUACCUGCUGUCAAUAUUAUAAAAGUUCCAGGUGCAAGAAUUUUCGUGAAUUACAAAAAUGGAAAAACUUUUCGAAUUAACCAUUGGAAUCUUCGGGCUAUUAUGUUGUCUGCAAUUUGGUUCCACAGAUUUUACAGAUGUAGACUGGUGUAAGGACAAUCCUGAUUUAAACUGCUGGCGAUACGUAGAUAAAAAAUGUGUAGGAUUUUAUGAGGACUGGGCGAGACAAAACUGCCCCUUCCGCUGUGGAUACUGCCCAACUCAUCCCCCGUGUGUUGACACUGAUACUUCCUGUGAUGCGUACCACGCAGAAGCUUGUGCAGACGAAAACACCCGGGCUUACAUGAGGGAACAUUGCAGAAAGAGGUGCCACCUAUGUCAUUACCCCGGACAAGAUAGCCAACCUAAUACACCCCCACCUGGAACCCCCGUCCCGACAGACACAAUGGUGAAACCAGCUGUUGGAAAAUGAUGUUAUUUCAUUAUAAAAAAAGCUUUUCAAUUAAUAAAGACAUGCUUUGA